CAUAUUCUUUUAUUUGUUCGGGAUUUUUUUUUUUUGGGUUCUGUUUCUUGGUUCUGGUUUACAAGGAUGUUAAUAGAGAACUUGGUGGUGUUGGGAUUAGUUUAGAGUAUGGACAAGAAUUGUAGAGGCGUGGCCGUUGGGCUUAUGAAUUUCUGUAGUUCAUUGCCUCAACAUCAACAACAAAAAGACGUGUCAUUUCUUGUCAUCGAAUGCCGAUUUCGUUUGCGACAUUCGGCUUUCGAUAUCUUCUGCAUUGCUUCUGAAGCAUUCUCCGAGCUUCGACACGGAAAACGUCAUUGUUUUUUGCCUGUCGAUCAAGGAGAAUUGCCUUAAUUAGGUGUGAAAAUUUUAGUAAAUAACAGACAGGUUUUUUGACCCCCCCAACAAGAUAGGGAAAUACGAGUGCGUUUUCCUUUUCCUUUUCUUUUUUUGUUCUUCGUUGUUGGUUUUUCGUUCGGCAAGAAUGAUAUCUGUUACUAGUGAUAGUGCUGGAUUAGUUUUGGCAUCAAAUAAUGGAAUGUAUUCAGCGAUGGAGCCUUCUGAUGCUGGGGCUGAUUUGGUAGAAAAAGAUCCAACCGGUAGAUAUGUCCGGUAUGAUGAUGUGCUGGGCAAGGGUGCAUUUAAGACUGUUUACAGGGCAUUUGAUGAAGUGGAUGGGAUAGAGGUUGCUUGGAACCAAGUAAGAAUUGAUGAUGUCUUGCGGUCGCCAGAAGAUUUUGAAAAAUUAUAUUCUGAAGUUUAUCUGCUAAGGUCAUUAAGACAUGAAAACAUCAUCAAGUUCUCCAAUUCUUGGGUGGAUGAUAAGAACAAAACAAUUAACAUGAUUACUGAACUCUUCACAUCUGGGAAUCUGAGGCAAUAUCGAAGGAAGCACAGAAAUAUUGAUAUAAAAGCAAUAAAGAAUUGGGCGAGGCAAAUUCUUCAAGGUUUAGUCUAUCUCCAUGGUCACAGUCCGCCUAUCAUUCACAGGGAUUUAAAAUGUGACAAUAUAUUUGUUAAUGGAAAUCAUGGAGAAGUUAAAAUUGGAGACCUUGGGUUGGCCAUUGUUAUGCAGAAGCCUACUGCAAAGAGCGUUAUCGGAACUCCCGAAUUUAUGGCUCCAGAACUAUAUGAAGAGGAAUAUAACGAACUUGUCGACAUAUAUUCUUUUGGGAUGUGCAUAUUAGAAUUGGUUACUUGUAAUUAUCCAUACAGUGAAUGCAGAAAUGCAGCUCAAAUUUAUAAGAAGGUUACCUCUGGUAUUAAACCUGCUUCCCUCAAGACAGUGGGUAACAUACAGAUUAAGGAGUUUAUUGAGAAAUGUCUUCUUCCAGCAUCUGAGAGAUUGUCUGCCAAGGAGCUACUCAAACAUCCAUUUCUUCAGCUUGAGAUUCCAAUACUGGAACAGAUCUGUCAUCCCUUACCGGUACCUAACCAGUUUCCUAUAUCACUAAGUUUACCCAAGUCUGGCCCUCUAUUCAUGGACAUGGAUAUCGACGAAAAGCAACUUUCAGAAAGUACAUGUACCAGAAGCAACAAUGGAAGUCCAAAAUCUCCAGUUUUGGAAUAUCAGAGAGCACAUAAGAACAAUGAAUUUGGGUUGAAGGGGAUGAAAAAUGAUGAUAACUCUGCGUCUCUGACCUUACGAAUCUCUGACUUGGGUGGUCGGGUGAGGAAUAUUCAUUUUAGCUUCUACCUUGACAGCGAUACGGCAAUAUCUGUGGCAAGUGAGAUGGUUGAACAACUAGAGUUGGCAGAUCAUGAUGUCGCUUUCAUUGCUGAACUUAUUGAUUCCUUGAUUGUGAAACUUCUCCCUGGUUGGAAGCCAUCGUCUUAUAGUUCCUCAAAUGUUGUAAUAGGUGCUUACACUGAGUCCCCAGUCUUUGAAAAUGGAGAAAAAUUAAUUGCAUACCCUUGGAAUUCAAUGUUAAGUAGUGUUCCUGUUGGAACACUAGCUGAGCAAGAUGAUCUCUCUGGGUUAACAAGGAGUCAUUGCUUACAAGCUGAUGAUAGUAAUAUCAGUGACAGCCCCAAUAAUGAGAUUUCUCAAUUGGUAUACAAUUCCUCUCCAAGUUUUGCUAACAUGGGAGAUCAAGAAUCUCAGUCAUCAGUUGUUUCAGAGAUACUUGUCCAAGGUGCUUCAUCUAUAAACAACAGAACGUCUGAAUAUUACAAUAAUGGUGGAAGCUUCAAAGGCACAAAUGGAUAUGUUACUGAGUCAAAGCUUGGAGAUUCAUAUCUCAAUUGCAAGUUGGAUAGACAAGACAGUUAUGUAGGAGAAUUCGUUUCAAUGAAUGAAUCUACAGAGAACUCAGAGUGGUCAUUCCCCAAGCAAAGCGGAGCAUCAAAUGUCACGAGCUUGACGAGCAGCUGUUCUUCUCAAUCAUCAGCUGACAAAGACGGAUAUGAUCUAAAGCUGGGACUUGAUGCAAUAGAGGCACAGUACCAUAAUUGGUUUGUAGAACUCACUAGGAUGAAAGAGGAGGCGCUGGAGGCCACCAGAAAGAGAUGGACAGAAAAGCAGAAGUUAGCUGCUCAUUGAUUAAGAGCCUAUCACCUAGCUGAUUUUUGUGUGUUUUCUUCUAUCUUGUUUAUAAUAACAUUCACUAAUUCUUUGUUUAAGGGUUGUAAUAUGCAUUAACUGAAUCCUGUAUUGAUUACGGCUCUUUUUAGUGGAAGCUGUGGCACUUGGACUUCAUCUUGUGCUCUGCGAGCUAAUUUCUUUGUUGACUUUGUUUGUAAGCGCAGUGCAGUGUAUAUAAUUGCCCAAACUUGCUGGUUUUUACAUGAUAUCUGAUCUCUUCUCUU